AUUUUUUUUAACAUGGUCCUUUCGGUUUAUAUGAUGAAAUCAAGAUUUGAGUUUUAGGGUUCUUUAGGGAAACUGCAUCUUUUUUUUUUUCCGUCGUUUCCACAUCGGAACCACGUUUCGAGGCCACUGAAGAGCCUUCGAUGGAAAUAAGAAACGGAAACAAAGAUAAAUCCGAAAGCUCGUCUCUUUCCUCAAAGAAAGCAAUGCAAGAAGAAUCGAAAGAGGAGGAGGAGCCUUGUGAGAUAUGUGGAAGUGUGGGCAUUGCUGGUUUGAUGAUGAUAUGUUUCAAGUGCAGACAUACACGCGAGCAUACUUAUUGCGCAAGGGUGGUACUAUCACCUGUCCGUGACAUUUGGCUAUGUGAAGCGUGCCGGUUACCAUCUCGCGUAUUGUUCAUAUCGCAUGAGGAUCUAAUGGAUUCAGAAACCGCUGUUGCUGGUCCAAAGAACACUAGCAACUCAAGAGUAGAUGAUCGUGGAACUGCUAAACUAAGAGCUAAUGAUAUGGAAGAAGUUGUAGAUACCCAUGAGGCAUCAACAAGAGUGAUGCAUCUACCUACACAACCACAACCACAUACACGUCCACUAGCUAAAGAAACUUUGUCAUCUCAAAACAAGGAGCAGCACCAACCAACUCAGUCCUUUCCUAAAAAACGCAGGACGAUUCGAGUGAUGGGCAAACACCUUUCACAGUCACAUGGUGGGACUCUGAUCUCUCCUCUGGAUCAAUCUUUAACAGGAGUGCGUGCCUCACCAAAGUGAAAACCAAGAACGCCUCAGCUGAUGGGUACAGAAGCAAGGAUUAGUACAUAUAGGUCGCAUCUUGUGUGUAUAUAUAUUUUUCCAUUUGAUUGUGAUACAGUAGUUUUUUAUUCUUGGAUCACAAGUUACUCUUAAGAGUGAGAUUGCACUUCUUUGGUUA